GGGGCUGGGAGGAACUGCCGCGCUAUGUCUCCGAGUGCUCCUGUGCCUGCUCAGGGGCCGCUGCCGACGCGCCGCGGGGCUUUCCACCCGGCUCUGGAAUAGAGGGCGAGGGGAGCCGCCCGGGGCAGGGCUGGCCCGAGCGCGGGGGGGCGCCGAGAGCCGAGCGGAAGGGAGCCGGGUUUGCAAACCACCCAGGACGCUGGAUUUGCAGCUGGCCCGGUAGAAGGGGGCGGGGGAAGCCGGGAGAGGUGCCUGGGCUCGAAGCGGAGCCUCCGUGGCUUUUUUGAGCGCGCGGCGCGGCGAGAUGCUGCGGCUGGAGCUCUUCCUCGGCGUGGCGUGGCUGGCAGGGCUGGCGUGCGGGCAGAACGAGACGGAGCCCAUCGUGCUGGAGGGCAAGUGCCUGGUGGUGUGCGACUCCAACCCCACCUCGGACCCCACGGGCACGGCGCUGGGCAUCUCGGUGCGCUCGGGCAGCGCCAAGGUGGCGUUCUCCGCCAUCCGCAGCACCAACCACGAGCCCUCGGAGAUGAGCAACCGGACCAUGCUCAUUUACUUCGACCAGGUGCUAGUGAAUAUCGGAAGCAACUUCGACUCGGAAAGAAGCACUUUUAUCUCACCCAGGAAAGGGAUUUACAGUUUUAAUUUUCACGUGGUGAAGGUGUACAACAGGCAAACCAUCCAGGUGAGUUUGAUGCUAAAUGGGUGGCCAGUGAUUUCCGCCUUUGCAGGGGACCAAGAUGUGACCCGAGAAGCUGCCAGCAAUGGAGUCCUGAUUCAAAUGGAGAAAGGAGACAGAGUUUAUCUAAAACUGGAGAGAGGAAACUUGAUGGGAGGCUGGAAGUAUUCAACAUUCUCUGGAUUUCUAGUGUUCCCUCUUUAAAUAACUUAUCAUCUGAACAGAGAGAAAGCAGCAAGUCAGAGAAUUUCUUACAAAUUCCCAAAUUGUAGCUGAUUAUGAAAAGCCUUGGACAGCAAACUUUUUACAUUCAAAUAUUAAAGAAACUAAAUCCUGCUUAGGUUUGUGUACAUCUGCUUUGAACAAUUAUUUUUGUUGUUGCAGCCAACCGAUAGGAGACACUGUAAUUGAUCAUAUCUCCAUUUAUAUUCUCCUCUUUCCACCCCAAAUUAGUUACAAUCUGUGUAUCACUGGUGUAAUUUGCCAUCAUUUCCCCAGUGGUUCAGUAUUUACACUGUUCUUCAUAUUUUGUAGUUUUGUUUUUAAAACAUGUUAUUCUUGACUCUUUAUCUGAGUUUAACAUUAAAAAAGCAAAGUAUUUUUGAGUACAUAGAUACCACAAAAGAUAAAAUGCAAAUCUUGCUGUAUACUGGCUGACAAAAGUUUAAAAAAAAGAGAAAUUUAUA